AUGGGUGCAUGCAGUAUUUAUUAUCGUGUCUAUCGACGACAACAAGCCAGAGCACGGUUUCUUCGUCAAGUUGAAAGAGUAGAGUCUCAAAAUCAACCACGUAUCAUCUGUCAUAUUAUUACGCCCGCACCGAUUGCCACACCUGCUAUCCAAGAACCACCCCCACCAACUUAUCAAGAAGUGGUCGCAGCCACGCAAUACGAAGACGGAUAA